AUGAAAGCAAAAACGAAAUUAGGGAUGGAUAUGAAAAGAAGAACGAGAACGAAAAGGAAGAGACUACUUCCGAUAACGAAACGUGGAGGUAUCCUACCGAUUUUACCAAUGUUAGGUGCGCUCGGAUCUUUGAUUGGUGGAGCGGCGAGCGUAGCAAGAGCUGUGAGCGAUCGCAAGGCCGCUCGACGUCAGUCGGAGGGUCGUGGACUGUAUCUAGCCCCCUACAAACGUGGUGGUAGAAUGCGUAAACCACGAUGUGGUCUCCCUGACAUCUACGAGUACAAUAUAGGUAGACGUAAAUGGGCGAAAACACAUCUCACGUGGAAUUUCCAGCUAGCGGAUCCACAAACCUUGCAAACUACCGAAUUCGCGUUCUCGCUAUGGGCAGCUAAUUCAUCUUUAUCGUUCGAACGUAAAACGAACCUGGUGAAACCUAGUUCGUUAGGACCUGGUGGAGUACUCGCUCACGCGUUCUAUCCUCCUACCAUUAACAAUUACAGCAGUGAAAUACACAUAGAUAGUGCAGAACCGUGGCAUAUAUAUCUAACUGACAAAUCUGCUAGUAGUAACAAGGACUAUCUGCUUAACACGUUAAUACAUGAAAUUGGACACUCAUUAGGAUUACCACACAGUUCGCGUGAAGAAUCCAUAAUGUUCACAGUUGUCACUGCUAGGAAUAAUAAUAAAAUUGCUAAACUCAACAUAGAAGACAUUUUAGCCAUUCAACAACUUUAUGCAAUUAAAAAUCCAAAACCAACAACAACAACAACCACACAACCACCAACUACUGAAAUUACAACAAAUACACCCACGUACAUAGAUCUCUCUACUUUACAAUAUGUGGAUACGGUGUUGGUAUUACAUCAUCGAAUAUUCGUCACGUAUCAACGCUACGUAUGGUCGAUAGAUAUAAAUGAUGCAAAAUACGAUGGACCACACAUACUAAACAGUUAUAUGGAUUUCCUUCCGAAUAAUUUCUCCUUAUCAGCAGCAUAUCAAAGGCCUUCGGGUGAAUUAGUACUGUUCAUACACGAUGUAAUUUACUUGGUUGAGUAUCCCAGUUUCAAAUUAAAAGAAGGCUGGCCAAAACGUCUCUCCAGUCUAGGAUUUCCCCCGAACAUUUUCAUCAAUACCGUAGUAAAUACUAACAGAGGACAAACCUAUGUGAUCUUCAAUAAUAACGAUGUGGCGCAAAUAGAUGAAUGCAAUAUGAGUGUUCGUUCAUAUCACUCGUUACAAGCGGUAUUUCCGGGAAUACCGUCAGCUCCCACCUUACAUAUAGUUUAA